UGGCAACACUGCUAUCGAUAUCAGUCUAGCGCUGUCAAUUAUUUACCUAUAUAUAUAUUUUGUCUGCCAAAAUUAUAAUUCUAAACGCCCAAAAACAAUAGUACACAAGAUUGCAAAGUGUACGAAAAACGCGUGCAAAUGUUUCGAAAGCAUUGAUGAGCUGCAAUUGCAAUUACAGCAGUGCAGUGCCAUAUACAAAUGUCGGAGGAGGAGCUGCUGCGGCUCCAUUGACAACCCAACCCAAAAACAAAAAGGCAUAAGCGAGAGCAGUACAUACAAUGUAAAGAAGAGAAAAAGAAGCGAAAAAAAUAAUACAAGAAAGAAGAAAAUUGUGUGUAAACGAAAAGUGUCGACUUGAAAUAAUAAUAAUCAGCAGCUAAAUGAACAAUAAUAGUUGAUAAAUAUACGUACAUAUAUAUUGCAAAAAGCGAGUCGAAACGAUUAAUACGAAUUUAAUAAUAACAGAGAGACAGACAGAGAGAUAGUGAGACAGUGAGACAGAGAGACGGAGAGACAGAGAGACAGGCAGGCAGCAAUGGAUACAGAGAGACCAAAUGGCCAAGAGACGAAAGUCAUAUAUCAUAUUGACGAUGAGAGCACACCGUACUUGGUUAAAAUACCGAUACCCUCCGCUCAGGUGACACUUAAAGACUUUAAAAUGGUGCUCAACAAACAGAACAACAAUUACAAGUAUUUCUUUAAAUCGAUGGAUGCCGAUUUUGGUGUGGUUAAAGAGGAAAUUGCCGAUGACGCCACAAUAUUGCCUUGUUUCAAUGGUCGCGUCGUAUCGUGGCUUGUAUCCGCCGAUGGUACAAAUCAAUCCGACAAUUGCUCCGAGCUGCCAGCGAGCGAAUGUGAGAUGCGGGUGCGAAAUCAUUUAGCGCUGCAACAGCAACAGCAGCAGCAACAACAACAGCAGCAACAGCAGCAGCAUACCCAACAGCAUACACAACAGCAUCCACAUCAACAACAACAGCAUCCACAGCAACAACAACAGCAUAAAAUGGGAGCAUUGCAAAUGCUACAACCGCCGCCACUCACAUAUCAAUCGGCAUCGGUGCUGUCCAGCGAUUUGGACUCGACGAGCCUCUUUGGCACCGAAUCGGAAUUAACCUUGGAUCGCGACAUGACCGAUUACAGUAGCGUUCAACGUUUGCAGGUGCGCAAGAAGCCGCAACGCCGUAAAAAGCGUGCGCCGAGCAUGUCACGCACAUCCUCAUACAGCUCCAUCACGGACUCGACCAUGUCCCUGAACAUCAUCACCGUGUCGAUCAACAUGGAGGCAGUCAACUUUCUGGGCAUAUCCAUAGUCGGACAAUCGAAUCGCGGCGGCGAUGGCGGCAUCUAUGUGGGCAGCAUCAUGAAAGGCGGCGCCGUUGCAUUAGAUGGACGGAUCGAGCCGGGCGACAUGAUAUUGCAGGUGAACGAUGUGAAUUUCGAGAAUAUGACCAAUGAUGAGGCGGUGCGUGUAUUGCGUGAGGUGGUACAGAAGCCGGGACCCAUCAAGCUGGUGGUGGCCAAGUGUUGGGAUCCCAAUCCCAAGGGCUAUUUCACCAUACCGCGCACGGAGCCGGUGCGACCGAUUGAUCCGGGCGCUUGGGUGGCCCACACCCAGGCGCUCACAUCGCACGACAGUAUUAUGGCGGAUAUACCGGAGCCGAUCAAGGAGCGACUCGAUCAGAACAAUAUUGAGGAGAUUGUCAAGGCCAUGACAAAGCCGGACAGUGGCUUGGAGAUCCGGGAUCGCAUGUGGCUAAAGAUCACAAUACCGAAUGCAUUCAUUGGCGCCGAUGCGGUCAAUUGGGUGCUGGAGAACGUGGAGGAUGUGCAGGAUCGUCGGGAGGCACGGCGCAUUGUGUCGGCGAUGUUGCGCAACAAUUUCAUCAAGCACACGGUCAACAAGCUGACAUUCUCCGAGCAGUGCUAUUAUGUGGUGAAUGAGGAGCGUAAUCCCAAUAUGCGGACACAUCCCCAUCAGCAGCAUCCACAUGGUCAUGCACUGAGCCAUGCCGAUACGGAAAGCAUUACCAGCGACAUUGGUCCGCUGCCAAAUCCCCCGAUAUAUAUGCCAUACUCGGCCACGUACAAUCCAAGUCACGGCUAUCAGCCCAUACAGUACGGUAUUGCCGAGCGUCACAUCUCGUCCGGUUCGAGCAGCUCCGAUGUCCUUACCAGCAAGGAUAUAUCCGCAUCGCAAAGCGACAUCACCUCUGUCAUACAUCAGACCAAUCAGCUAACAAUCGCUGCUCAUGGAUCCAAUAAAUCAUCCGGCUCAUCGAAUCGCGGCGGCGGUGGUGGAGGAGGUGGAGGUGGCAAUACCAACGAUCAGGACGUAUCCGUAUUUAAUUACGUAUUGUAGAAAUUUUUUGCAAUGAAAUUGUGUGUUUAUUAUUAAUUAAUUAAUUAAUAUAAUUAUUCUUUUUAUACACAUAUACGAGUAUACAACAAACAAAACAAAACAAAAAGAAAAACAAAACAAUAUAAUAUGUAUAUUUAUAAGAAGUCGAUGAUCAUGAUUAAGUCGAUGAUGAUGGACAUUGUGUCAAGUAUGAUUAGCUCAAAUUGCGUCUGUUCCCGCCGAUGAUCUCUCUGUGAAUUCCCCGCCAGAGACGUGCAGAGAUACGGCCUAGCAGACAACAGCGAGCGACAGAGCGACACAGAGAGAGAGGAGAUGUGAGCGAGAGAGAGAAAGAACAUUGCAGGACGAAUGAAUGUAAGCCAGUUAAAAUGAGCAUACGAAUGAGAUGAUAAUUUUGAAUAAAGUUCUAAGAAUUUAGUAAUCAAAAAAUAAAAAAUAAACUGAA